CCAGCUCGGCUCCUCCCGCCUGGCCACGGCGGCUCCGCCGGCCACUCAAGGAUUACUCGCCCCGGGCUCUCGGCGCCAACGAGGCGCGCUGGGCACUGGUGGCCGCCGCGCCAGCUCCUCCUCCUCCUGCUGCUGCUCCAGCUCCUGCUCCUGCUCCCCAGGCGAGCGCGCAGCCCCGAGCCCGCCCCGCACCUCCCGGAGCCCUCCCCCCGCUGCUCCCAUGCGCGCGGGUGGGUCAUGAGCACAGCGCCCUCGCUUUCUGCCCUACGAAGCAGUAAGCACAGCGGCGGCGGCGGCGGCAGCGGCAGCGGCGCGGAGCCGGCCUGGACCAGCGCGCUCUCUGGAAACUGCUCGCGCCCCGGCCCCGGCUCGUCCCCGGCCGGCUGCAGCAGCAGCAGCACCACCACCACCACCAAGCCUUUUGUGCACGCCGUGCCCCCCUCUGACCCUCUCCGCCAGGCCAACCGCCUGCCCAUCAAGGUGCUCAAGAUGCUGACGGCGAGGACUGGCCACAUUUUGCACCCCGAGUAUCUGCAGCCGCUGCCUUCCACUCCCGUGAGCCCCAUCGAGCUGGACGCCAAGAAGAGUCCCCUGGCCUUGUUGGCGCAAACGUGCUCGCAGAUCGGGAAGCCAGACCCCUCGCCCUCCUCCAAACUCUCCUCGGUUGCCUCCAAUGCGGGCAGCGCGGGUGGCGCCGGGGGUGGCGCCGGGGGCGAUAAGGAUGCCAAGUCGGGGCCCCUCAAGUUGAGCGACAUCGGCGUGGAGGACAAGUCGAGUUUCAAGCCCUACUCGAAACCCGGCUCGGAUAAGAAGGAGCCGGGAGGCGGCGGCGGCGGAGGCGGUGGCGGUGGUGGCGGUGGCGGCAGCAGUGGGGGGGUUUCGGCGGAAAAGUCGGGAUUCCGGGUACCGAGCGCCACCUGCCAGCCGUUCACACCCAGGACAGGCAGUCCCAGCUCAAGCGCAUCGGCCUGCUCACCGGGAGGCCUGCUGCCCUCGGCUGGGGGCGGCCCGGAGGCCAAGGAUGACAAGAAGGACCAGGACUCGGGCUCUGGCGGCGGCGUUGGCGUUGCCAAAGGCUCCGGGGGCGCAUCGGCCGAAGGGGGCCCCACGGGACUAGCGCAUGGCCGGAUUAGCUGCGGCGGCGGCGGGAUUAAUGUGGACGUAAACCAGCAUCCAGAUGGAGGCCCAGGGGGCAAGGCCCUGGGCUCGGACUGCGGCGGCUCCUCGGGCUCCAGCGCAGGCUCGGGCCCCAGUGCGCCCACCUCGUCGUCAGUGCUGGGCUCGGGGCUGGUGGCUCCAGUGUCCCCCUACAAACCGGGCCAGACUGUGUUUCCUCUGCCUCCCGCGGGCAUGACCUAUCCCGGCAGCCUAGCGGGUGCCUAUGCCGGCUACCCGCCCCAGUUCCUGCCCCACGGCGUGGCUCUGGACCCCACCAAGCCCGGCAGCCUAGUUGGGGCGCAGCUGGCGGCGGCCGCGGCGGGCUCUCUGGGCUGCAGCAAGCCGGCCGGCUCCAGCCCCUUGGCCGGGGCGUCGCCGCCGUCCGUGAUGACGGCCAGUUUGUGCCGGGACCCGUACUGUCUCAGUUACCACUGUGCCAGCCACCUGGCCGGGGCAGCGGCUGCCAGCGCUUCGUGUGCGCAUGACCCGGCGGCCGCGGCCGCGGCGCUCAAGUCCGGAUACCCGCUGGUGUACCCAACGCAUCCGCUGCACGGCGUGCAUUCAUCGCUCACGGCAGCCGCAGCAGCCGGGGCCACCCCGCCCUCGCUGGCCGGCCACCCCCUCUACCCUUACGGCUUCAUGCUGCCCAACGACCCGCUGCCUCACAUCUGCAACUGGGUGUCGGCCAAUGGGCCGUGCGACAAGCGCUUCGCCACUUCCGAAGAGUUGCUGAGCCACUUGCGGACCCACACGGCCUUCCCCGGGACAGACAAACUGCUGUCGGGCUACCCCAGCUCCUCAUCCCUGGCCAGUGCUGCUGCGGCCGCCAUGGCCUGUCACAUGCACAUCCCCACGUCGGGCGCUCCAGGCAGCCCAGGGACGCUGGCGUUGCGCAGUCCUCACCACGCGCUGGGACUCAGCAGCCGCUACCACCCGUAUUCCAAGAGCCCACUGCCCACCCCCGGCGCUCCGGUGCCGGUGCCUGCCGCCACCGGACCCUAUUACUCUCCCUAUGCCCUCUACGGACAGAGACUGACCACGGCCUCAGCGCUGGGGUAUCAGUGAAGGGAGUUAGGGGCGUGCCAGGGAGCAGAGGAAAGCAGGAGAGGGGGCCCAGAGCGCGCAUGGGGGAAGACCAGGGCCAUCGAAGGAAAAAAACAUUUAAUGCCGUAUCUAUUUCCUCCCCCCCCCAAAAAAAAAGGCUGAGACCCGGUGGGAAACACCUCUUCUCUGCCCCAUCCACCUCUCACCUCCCUACCCAAACUUUAUAAAAGUUGAAAAAAAAAAAGCAAAACACCAUUUGACUUUUUAUAGAAAAACAACAAAAAAAGGAAAAAUAAUGGAGGUGUUCGUCUAAGGACUGCAGCGAUGAGCACUGGUAUUUAUUUAUGUUAGCUCCAAGCGGACCCGUGGUUCAAAAAGUGCAUUAUUUAGUUUGAGCUCCGUAGGUUAAAAAAAAAAAAAAAAAAAAAGGAGGGGAGAUUUAAACUUGAGGGUAAAAAAAAAAAGAUAUGGAAAAUAAACCCUCCCAUCCCAUGUAGAUUAUAAAUAAAUACAAAACCGCCACAGAACUAGAGGUCUUCUCUUUAAUGUUACUUUAAAUUGCUAUGAUUGUAUUGUACGUUUUUAUUUAAUGUCUGAUUGAAACACAAAAUUUACAUGCAUGUUUGUUACCAAAAAAAAGAAAAAAACAAAGUCACAAUUUGUUCAGCUCUGAUUUCAAAUUGCAAUUAUUUUUAAGGUGUAUACCAUCGAAAGAGAAUGGGUAUUUUUUGUAUGUAUUCUGGAAGAAAACAAAAAAAAAAGGAAAAACAAUUCUAUUCCCAAACCUCA